UGUGAUCACAUGACUCGUAAACCAGACUAAGAGGAUUACUUCUGUUUUCCCUUCUGUCAUAUUUAUGGUCUGUUUUAUCUUUCAGCCGGUUUGCUUUUGUAAGAAGCAGCAGAAGGGUCCGGACGGCCAGAGGAGCUAUUGUUUCACAGAUGAUCGGCAGCGUAUGAUUGACAGAUGAAGCUGAAUGCUUGUGCUGUUUUUCUGCUGCUGAUCUGCCCUCUGCAGAGGCUCCACUGCAGCCUGCCGGUCUUCACUCCUGCCCCAGCAGCGCUGCAGGAGAAGGUUUCUGCAAACCCUGAGUCAGACCCUGUCAGCUCACUGAAGAAGCACGAAUUUAUGCGUCUUCCUGGUAUCUGCCGUCGCCUGAAGAGACGCAGAGUCACCGUUGUGUGUAACCUGGAGAAGUUCUGCUGGGGCCGGAGCUGGUGGAGGAGACAGAGGACUCCACCUGGUCAGGUGGAGGUGUAAUUCUAACCCUUCGCCUAUGGGUGGCGGUGUGGCUCCACUGCCUGACUUCCGCCAACACAAACGAUUCCAACUCAGCUGAAGAAACUACCGGAAGUGUCAGUGCUUCGCCUUCAUAAUAAAUGUUCACGUUACGGUCAAACUCUUACAUAUUUCCCUGACAUGUAGGGGGAGCACUCCCUCCUGGCGUUGAGUGAGAGGACUAAUAGAAAACAUUCACACCAAACAACAAUUUAGAAUCACUAAUAUAUCCAUAGUGUGGAUUUACUCCAGCUUCCUCACAGUCUGCUGUGUGUCUCAAAACCAAUCCAUGGUGUACCCCCAAUGUACUGCUGGAGAUGGGUACCAGCCUGAGAGCUGCACCUGAGGAGAAAUCUUCAAGUGACCAAUUAGAGACCAGCUUAAAGACACAUGUCAGCCAAACGUGUUAGGACGUAUACACACUAGUUUGCCCGCUGCACCUCGGCACUGAAACGUUAAAAUUAGGACAAAAUACACAAAUAAAUUAAUGAAAAACCCAAAAGAGAAAGGGAUUGCUGAAAACCAGGCACAUUUCAUGAGGGAACUGAUGUGAUAAUUACUUUGUAUUUUUAAUUUAUGUUUACACUGUUUUCCUGCUACUGACAAGCUGCCACUGUUCUUCUUCAGACGCUGAUGCCAUUUUAUUCUAUGAGGGUUCAGAUUUCUCUGAUGCCAUAAAUAUAGUCCUUCUUUUAGUUAAAUACCACAUUCAAUCCAGCAAGUGGAGGUGUAAUAAGCCCUCCUUCCCCUGUUUCAUUAAUGGAUUUAAAACUUUCUAUUCAUUAUUAAGCAGAUCGAAAAACUCAAAAAUCUUCGGGAAUUAUGUCACACCAGAUCUCUAAAAACUUGUGAUCAUUGUGCAGCUUUUCUCCUCUGUUUGUAUUAAUUUUCUUUAGUCUUUAUAAUUAUUUUACACCCCCUAUCUUAUAGUUUGUAAUUAUAAUGUUGCCCAUUAGAGUUUGAA